AUGGAAGAUAAUAAUAAUAAUGAAACUCAUUUGGAAAAUGUAAAAAAUGGGGAACCGUUUUAUAUUUUGAAUCCUUCAGAGUUUAUUCGAAAUAAAGAAAAAGUUCUAAAAGAAUUUAUUACAAAAAAAUAUGAUGAUAUUAUAAAACAAAAUAAAUUAAGUGCUGAUAUUAGAUGCACUUAUUUUCAAUGCAAUCCAAAAAUAGUAAUAUUUACUACCUAUACUCCCUUUCAAAAAUAUGAAAGUGUUGUUUCUUUAAAAAAUGUGGACACGGCUGCUAGACGCCUCAACAUUCAAAUGCAUGAAGAUAAUACUUUUAAAGUUAUUUAUAUAUCAGAUAUAAAAAAGAAGAUUGCACCUGGGAUGUUAUUUAACUUUAAAAUAGAAUUUUACCCUAAAUCACAUGCAAACUAUGAAUAUGAUCUUGAAGUUCACUCAGAGGGAAAAUAUUUUCUAUUACCAAUUCGAUGUAUGAACGAUCAAAUAAUUUUGAAUGUACAAGACGAAGUAAUUAUAGAUGAUACACCUAUAUACAUGAAGAGUGAGAAAAAUAUAUCAAUUAAAAAUAUAGGUCAAUAUGAAAAUAAAUUUGAAGUUAUAAUAAAUCCUCCCUUUUAUUUGAGCGUUUCAUCGUCUAUUCAUUCUCUCAAAAUAGGGGAAAUGGAACAUUUUAAGAUAAUGUUUGUACCAGUUCAUAAUAAGUGUUAUGAAGAUUAUAUGAUAAUUAAUUAUGAAAAUGGAUUAAGCACUUAUACAAAAAUAAAAAGUAAAGGUAUUAUAGCCGAUGUUUUUAUAAAAGAUAAAGAAAUUAUAGCUCAUGACAUAUACAUAAACAAAUCUAAAGAAAUCAAUAUUUUCCUUAAAAACUUAUCAUUCUUCUUAUUGUCGUACAAGGUCAUAAAAUACCAAGUCUAUGAAUAUAAAUAUGAUAAUGAUUCUGAAGAUAUAAAAAAUACAAACUUUAAUGUAAACCAUAAAGUAAUACAAAAAAGCUUUAUUAAUAAACAAGAAUUAUCUGAUGAAAAUAUCGUUAAAAAUGAAUUAUACGGAAAUGAAGAUUUGUAUGAUUAUGAAACUGACGAAUAUUAUGUUAAUGAAAAUAAUGAUAAUAACGAUUUGAGUGAUAAUCAAUCUAGUCAAAGUGAUUUUUAUGAGGAAAAGUUUCCAGAAGAUAUGGUAAAUAUAAAUGAUGAAAAAAUAAAAAAUGAGCUAUGUACAUAUAGUUUAAACAAUUCAAAUAAAUUCCUUCAUUCCAAUUCUAAUUACGUAAGUAGAAAAAAGGAGGAUGAUUUACAAAUUAAAAAAAAUAAAAUUAUAAAAAUAUAUCCGAAAUAUCAAAAGUUAUAUAAUGAUACGGAUACACCUAUUUCUAUAUUAAUAAAUCCGCAGUUUGCAUCAUUUUUUAAAAUUGAAUUAUUUUUAUUUAUAAAAGGAUAUUCAAAAGAAGAAAAGGUUGUUAUAUAUUUGAAAAGUAUAACACCAGAAAUAUAUAUAUCAAACAGCAUACAUGAUAUAGAUACAAUUCUUAUAAAUACUUGUAAAACCUUACAUUUUGAUCUUAGCAAUAAUCAUCCAAUUGAUGCCUCUAUUACCAUAGAAAAUUCAGAUGAUUACUAUAAGGAAUAUAAGAUAGAAACUAAAAAAUUUAUUAUACCUGCAAAUUCUAAGUAUUUACUUAUUAUUGUAUAUUUACCUACAAGACAUGGUCCUUUUGAAAAGACAUUUAUAAUUCAUCAAAAAUAUACAAAUGUUAAAAAAAAUAUAAAACUUUUAGGUACUUGUAUACUUCCAGAUCUUAAAUUUGAUAUAGAUGAAAUAAAUUUUAAUGAAGUAUCACAUAGUUUUUUAUAUGAAAAAAGUUUUCAUAUUAUUAAUAAUUCUCACUUAACUUUAAAUUAUUCAUUUAAAUAUUCUAAUGAAUUAAAUGAAGAAAUUCAAAUUAUAAAACCAUUUGGUGAAUUACAAAAAUAUGAAAAAGAACAAGUUGUUAUAAAAUUUUGUCCUAAAUAUAUAAAAACAUAUUUUUAUAAUAUAGAAUUUUUUAUAGAGGAAAUUAAAACAUAUAAAAUUAAGUUACCAUUCCAUGCUAUUUGUUCUAAACCUUUAGUUUUGUGUGAACCUCUUUUUUUAAACCUUGAACAUAUUAUUAUUGAUCAAAUAUAUACAGAAAAAAUAAAAAUAAUUAAUGAAUCACAAGAAACUGAUAUAAAAUAUGAAUUCAUAAUAGAAGAAAAAAUAAAAGAUAUUUGUUCUUUCCAAGUUUGUGAGAAUGAAGGAAUAAUACAAAGAAAUUCUUUUAAAUCUAUUGGUAUAUCUUUAAAAAGUAAUAGUAUAGGAAAUAUAUUAAUUGUUAUAAAAAUUAAAAUUCCUGGUUUGGAUGAUUUCUUAUUUUUUAAUAUAAAAGCUUUUUGUACUUGUCCAUAUAUAAAAAUAAUUCCAAACAUUAUCGAUUUUGAAAAAUGCAACUGUUUAGAUGUUAAACAAAAGAUUAUUGAAAUAAAAAAUGAAAGUCCUAUUAGUACAUUUAUUACUUUGUCUAAUGAAAAUUCGGUGUUUACAUAUUCUGAUAAUAAUUUCUACGUACAGCCAAAUAAGUCUAUUUUUAUAAAUGUAUAUGCACAAUGCUUAGAAACAAUAACAUAUAAUGAUAUAUUAAUUGUGACUGUUCAUCGAAAGGAUGACAUACAUAUACCAAUAAGGGCUCAGGGUAUAGGAUCACCAAUAUUUAUCCAUGAGGAAGUCAUUAAUUUUGAUAUAGUUAACACGAGCAAAAAAUAUUUCCACGAACUAAUCAUUUUUAAUAAAGGUAUGAACGAAAGAAAUAUAUAUUUUGUAUUUGAAUCAGAAAAAAAUAGAAAGAGAAAAAGUGAACAAGUACAAAUAUUUAACAUCACACCAAAAAAUUUGUCAAUUAAAGGAGGAAGUAAUAUUGUGUGUAUUUUAAAUUGUUUUAAUAUUAAGGAAGAAAAAUGUGAAGAUAUACUUUAUAUAUAUGAUGAUAUUGCAAAAAACAAAAAAAAAGCAUUACAUAAUUAUAAAAAAAUAAAUAUCGUAGCUACAUUUGUUCAUCCGGAGGUUGAGUUAAGUGAAGUGGAAAAUUUUGUUUAUAAUUUUAAUGAUUAUCAUGAUAUAGAUGAAAUAGGAAGAAUUGAAAAAAGAUAUAAAAAGGAUAUUAAUAAAAAGAAAAAAUAUAUAAACGACAAAAUAAAUGAAAAUGUGAACGACAAAAUAGAUGAAAAUGUGAACGACAAAAUAAAUGAAAAUGUGAACGACAAAAUAGAUGAAAAUGUCAACGACAAAAUAAAUGAAAAUGUGAACGACAAAAUAGAUGAAAAUGUCAACGACAAAAUAAAUGAAAAUGUCAACGACAAAAUAAAUGAAAAUAUGUACGACAAAAUAAAUGAAAAUAUGUACGACAAAAUAAAUAAUGAUAUAUAUAAUUUGAAUAACAAAAAUUCUCAACAAAAAAAAAUGAUUCUUAUAAAAGAUAAAAAACAAUUAAUGCAAGAGGUUGAAAUUCGAAAUUUAAAAAAUGCUAAUAUUAAAUUUGCUUUGUCUAUUAAAGAUCCAUUUUUCGUACAAUCUGAUAUAAUAGAAUUGAAGGGUAAGGAGAAAAAGAAAGUACCGAUAUAUUUUGACAUAAAUUAUAUGAAUAAUAAAUUAAAUACUACAUAUCAAGAAAAUUUGAUAAUAAAUUAUUUUGAAAACAGUAGAAGACAAAAGUAUGAAUUAGUAGGACAAACUAUAUACCCUAAUAUUAUUAUGAACAAAAGUUGUAUAGAUUUUCAAUAUAUUUUACAAAACUUAUAUGCUCAAGAAUUUGUCGAAAUAACGAAUGUAUGUGAUUAUAAAAUAUAUUUUAAAUGGUUUUUUGAAGAUAAUAGUUUGUAUAAAGAUUUUAAUGAAGUUUUUGAUAUAAACCCUAAUAGAGGUUAUUUAUUACCACAUGAAAAAAAAAUAAUAAAAAUAACAUAUAAUAGUAUUAAUGAAAAUUAUUAUAAUAUUACUAUAUUAUGUCAAAUAAAAAAUGGACCUAUGUAUCCAUUAAAAAUAAUUGCUGGUUAUUCAGAAAUAAAAUAUAGUAUAAAUAAAAAGAUACUUGAAUAUAAUAUACAUUAUAAAACAAUAGGAGAAGAUAUUAUAACAUUACAAAAUAUUGGGAAAAUAAAAUUAUUUAUUGAAAUUAUUUAUAAUAUAAAAUUUCCAUCUUUAUUAUAUACAAAUAUCAAUAAUUUCUUUAUUGAACCAAACAAUAGUAGAGACAUCAUUUUUUAUUUUAUUCCAGGAAUCCCUAUAGAUAUAAUAGACAAUAUAUUAAUUAAAAUUUGUAAUUUUGAAGAAAUAAAAAUAAAAUUGAAAUCAACGAAUUCAUGUAAUAUUUUAUAUUUAAACAUAAACCAAUUUGAUAAUCAUCAAUCAAUUAUAAAAGAUGAAAUUUAUUUAUUACAAGAUGUUGAUAAUAUGCAGGAUUUGGAUACAACGUUUCAUUCUAAGAUGAAAAAUGAUUCUAUAAAUAAAAAGAAUAACUUUAAAAACAUAAACAAUUUAUUAAAAAAUAAUUUCCAUUUAUAUGAUAAUGUGCAAAAUGAUUAUUAUGAAAAGGAAAGGAGCUGUCUAAUUAAAAAAUUGAAAAACAUGUAUUCAGAUAUUUUUUCAUCAUUAAGAAAGUAUAUCCAAGAAAUAUUAGAUAUAUAUUACAGUAUAAUUAGAAAUAAUAAAAAUAGUGAUGAUCAUAAUGAUGAUCAUAAUGAUGAUGAUAAGGACAAAAUGGAAGAUAUAAAUCUUAUGAAUAAAAAAGACAAUACAAAAAAUGAAAAAAUGUUUAUAAGAAGUAGUAUUAUACAUACUAAUGAAAAGGAUUCAAAGAAUAAUAUGAAAUGUAAAUAUCACUUGAUACCUAUUUUAAAAAAUUACACUUUAAAAAACAAUUCAAAUUGUGCUAUAUUUCUUGAUUUGUUAAAAGCUUUAAUUUUGAAUCACAAGGAUGAUAAUUAUAUUCUGGAACUAUUCACAAAGCUUAAAAAAUUAAUCCAUUUUGAAAAACUAUUUUGCCAUGGAUAUACCACAAAUGAAUUCAUUUUAAAAUACCUGAAGAAAAUAAUUUUAGAAAGAAAUAUGGAACUAAGAAAUAUUUGCCUAAAUGUAGGAAAUAUAAUAAUUAAUGAAAAAAAAGAAUAUUCAAUUACCAUAAAAAAUGUAAGUAAUAAGAUUGUUACAUUAAAUUAUAUUUUGAAAAAUUCAGAAACAAAUGAUAUCAAAUUAGUCCAUGAACAUAAAGAAAUUGAUUGUAAUAAUUCAAUUAUUUUUAGAAUUAUUAUACAAAAAAGCAGUGGAAUAGAAUAUAUAUAUAUGGAAAAAGUAUAUAUAUAUAUAAAUGAUAAUAAUUAUUAUAGUAUCAAUUUGAAAUAUCAUUUUAUAAUACCUGAUAUAUUUCUAUAUUAUAAACAACUACGUUUUGAAGGGGUCGAAUUAAAAACUUGUUGUUGUAAAGUAAAUAGGUUAAUAAAUACGAAAAAUGUAAAUAUCAAAUUUAAAAUAAAAAAUAUCACUUUUUAUAAUAAAAAGUUAGAAUAUUAUCAUUUAAAAAAGAAAAAACAAUUUUUUAUAUAUCCAAACAAAGGAAUUAUUAAAAAAAAUUCUUUCUUAGAUAUGAAAAUAUUUUUCGAACCUUCUAAUAUUUACACAGAUGCAAAAAUUCAAAUAGAAAUAUUUAUAUAUAAUUCCAAUUUUGUCAAAAAUAUAAUUAUAUAUUUAAGUAGUAUAAAACAUAAUAUGAAUAUAGAUCCAUGUGAUAUAAUAAUCAAACCACUAUUAUACAAUAGUGGACAUUCUUAUCAAAUGAUUAAAAUAAAUAAUCUUAAUAACUAUUCUAAAUAUUUAUUUAUAUACAAAUUAGAUAUUUAUUAUAAAUAUUUUCAAAGUUUUAUAUAUGAUUUAUUAAAUAUACAUAAACAUAUAUAUAUAGAAAAAAAUCAUGAAAACGAUUUUUUCUAUACCAAUUUACUCUAUUAUUUAAUGGAUAUAUAUAUAAACAAAAUGGAAUACAUAGAUAAUCAGUAUUAUCACAAUCAACAAUUUUAUAAUAAAGAUAUAUAUGAUGGGAACUUGUGUCAAACAAAUCAAAAUAUGAUUUUAUGUAAAGAUAAAUGUAACGAAAAUAAUGUAAUACAUAAUGGGGACAUAAAAUAUGGAAAUCAAAAGGAAAAUAAAACAAAAAACAAAAUUUCAAAUAAUAUAAAUGAAAAAAAAAAUAAAAAAUUAAAAAGACAAAAUGAUUAUCUUAACAUACCAAAUAAUAUUAAAAAUAUACAGAAGGAUAAUAUAAAUGAAGCAACAUUUCAACAACAAUGUGAACAAAAAAAAGAAAAUAUUAUUAGUAAAAAUAACAUCAAAGAUACAAAUGCAUUAAAAAAAAAAAUUCACAUUUUAGAGGACAUUAUUAAAAAGAACCAAACGAAAUAUAAUUAUUUUCAUGAAUAUCUAAAUAUAAUAAAAGUUAAGAAAAAAAAAUUUAAGGACAAUUAUAUAAUUGUUUCUCCAAAAUAUCUUGACCAUAAAAAAAUUGCGAGCUAUUUGUCAGAAUAUAAAAAUAAUCAAGAAUUUAAGGAAAAAAAUGGCAUUCAGAUAAAUUUUAAUAAUAUAGAGACUGAUAAUAAUCAUAAUAUGAAUAGUGGUGAUAUACAUAGUAACCAUUUUAAUAAUUACAUUGAAGAAUAUAAAAGUAUAGCAUGUAACAAUAAACAAUAUUCUCAACAAAAUGUUAAUUUUAAUAAUAACCUUUUAACAAUUGAUAAAAUUUUUCAUUGGUGUGUUGAAUUAAAUGAAAAGGAAAAUUAUCCAUUGAAAACAAAAAGCAAUUUUAUUCAUUAUCUAAUUCAUGAAAUUGAUCUGAAAAAUAAUAAAAAAAAUUUAGGUAUGUCAAAUAUAAACGAACAUAUGAAAAGUAGUAACAAAACAAAUAAUGAGAAUAAAACUACUUUUGGAAAUCACCAAUUUUAUUAUAUCAGUGAUAUAUUAAAUAUGAAUGAUAAAAGAAAAGAAAAAGAAUAUCUAGAAUUAAAUACAAAUAUUACUAUAAAUAAUAUAUCUAAAAAUGUUCCUACACAUAUAUACAAUGAAAAAGACACAUGUAAUAUAAAAGAUACUAGUGAUGAUAUGAAAAAUAUAGACAAUAUAAAUGACACAUCUUGUGUCUCCAUAAAUAAGAAUAAUAAUUUUAUGGAAAAGAAAAAAAAGUUUAUAAAUAUAUAUAAAAAUAAAAUUAAGAAAAAAUUUCAUAUAAAAAAUGUUAAAUCAAAAAUAGAUAAUAAUAAACAUAUAACUUAUAUUAAUAAAAAAGAAAAUAAAUAUGAAAAUGAUACAAUGAAAAAAAAAAAAAAAAAGCAUUAUGAAGUUGAUUCUUUUUUAUCAGAUGAGAAAACAUUUUUUUACAAAUAUAAUUUAAAAUACAAAUAUGAAUAUCUAAAACAUUUUUUCCAUUUUGCUCUAUUAAAUGAUGAUGAAUUCAUGAAUAAUAUCAAAAGCUUUUUAAACGAAACAAUUCUAUCGGAAAAGAAAAAGAAUAAAAAUGAUAAUGUUAUCAAGAAAAAAAAUAAUAUGGUACAUUUAUUAGAAAUUAUUCUGAAAAAAUUGUUAUUAUCUCCUAACUAUAUAAAUGGUGUUGUUUUUUUUUUUAAAAAAAACGAAUAUAUAAAUUCAGAAAUGUUUUUUAAUAUAUUUCUAAAUAUACAUAUUGAUCAAAAUAUUUUUAUCAUACAUCUGAAUCCAAUCGAAAAUUAUGAGGAGUAUAUUAAUAUUAAUUUAACUGGAGACCAUGUUUUAAAGGAAGCAUCUGAAAUGAAGACGAAAGCAGUAAAGGAUGUUGUAUAUAAAGAUGAAAAAGAAAUGAAGAAAAAGAGCGAAUCAUUUGAGGUACAAAGAAUUAAACUCUUUUAUGAAAAAUUAAUCAAACAGUUUCAAGAAAAAAUAAAAAGUAAAUUAAAUGAAAAAGAAAAGAUUGAAAAAAUCAUAGAAUCAAUAGAUCUAAAUAAAGGUCUUCUUAUUAUUGAAAAGGAUAAAGGUAGUAGAGAUGUGGAAGAUAAAAGUGUGUAUGAUAAAAAAAAUGAAUCUUUAUCUAAUUUAGACACAGAUUGUCAUAAUGUAAAUGAAUACAAAGAAGAAAAAAAAAAAAUUUCAGAGAUAUACAAGGAAAUUAAUACGGAAGAAUGCAAAAACAUGUUGGAUAAUAAUAAUAAUAAUAAUUAUACUAAUAAUAAUAAUAGUAAUAAUAAUUGUACAAAUGUUGCAGAUACCAUAUGUUAUGAAGAAAAUGAUGAACAUGUUUCAAUAAAUAAUAUGGAUAUACAAAAUAAUAGUAUUCAUAAAUAUAGUCCUGUAGAACAAUUAUAUUACGAAAUUGUCAUAAAAAAAAAAGAUAUAAACAUUCAUUUGAACAAUAAAUAUAUAAAUGAAUUAUGCUUAGAGUGUUUAAUGAGAAAGGAUAAAAUUGAUAGUCAAAUUAUUAAAUAUAAUAAAAAAAUUAAUAAAAUAAAUGAUUUAAUAAAAACAAACAAUUAUAUUGAUCAUGUAUCAUUUUAUAAGGAAAUCAAAGAGACAUUACAAAAGUUAUGGAAUGAAUAUACAAAGAGAGAUAAUGUAAAUAUCUCCAUUUUUCAUGAGCAAUCAAAUAAUAUGAAUCAUAUGCCAAACAUGAACAAUAAAGAAAAUGAAAAUGAAAAUGAUACUUUAUUCAUUGAUGAAACUCAUCAUAAUAUGUUUGAUACAAAAACAAUAAAAACGGAUCAGAACAAAUAUUAUUUUAUAAAACAAAUAAAUCUUCAACUUAGUGAGAAUUAUGUUGAUAAGCUAAAAGAUGAAAUAAUUGAAAACAAAGAUAUAUAUGGUGAUAUAAAUAAUAUGAACAACAUAUUAUAUAGUAACCAUAAUAAUCACAUUAAUGAUAGAAUAAAUGUAUCAAAUAAUAUGCUCAAACAAUUAAAUCAAACAAAAUCAUAUAAUGAUCAUACAACAUAUUUAAAAGAAGAAAAUGUUCAUAUUUUUAAUGAAAAUAUUUCUAAUGAUCCAAAAAGGAAUUUAAAUAUUAUCAAUGAUAAAAAUAAUAUGAUAGUUAAAAAUGGGAAUGUUAAUGUGAAUAAAAAAAAAGAGGAAUCACAAGAAUAUGUAGAUAAUGAAAAUAUAAAUACAUUAACUGUAAUUUACACAAAUGAUGAAUUAAUGAAAUAUAUGCAAAAAAAUUCUGUUCAAAUAAACUUUUGUUAUUUUUUUAUAAACAAUGAUAUAGAUUUUGGAAAAAAAAAUAUAGCAAAUAAAAUACUUAAGUGUUCACAGGAAAAAUAUAAAGAUAUUAAAACGUCUGCAUACUUUUUUGAUAUACCAUUACAAAGGAUAUUCGAUUCGUUUGAUAUGAAACAUUUUGUGAAAGGGAAAAAUAAUUUAGAGGAAUAUGAAGACAAUUUCUAUUUUUACAGUGAGGAAGACGAAGAAUAUGAAUGUGAAAAAAUAGAAGAAGAAAAAAGAAAGGACGUUUGGGGGAUACAUAAAAAUGGUGAUAUAAAUAAUGACAUGCAGAUAAAUGAAGAGAAAGAAGAAAAGUUCUAUAAAGAUAAAAAAAAGGAGAAAAAUAACAAAAAAAAAGAAAAGGGGAAAAAAAGGAAUCAAGAAAAUGAAGAAAAAGAAAUGAACAAGGAGAAGAAAAAGGAGAAGGAGAAGGAGAAAGAGAAAGAGAAAGAGAAAGAAAACAAGAAGGAAAGGAACAAGGAGAAGAAAAAGGAGAAGGAGAAAGAGAAAGAGAAAGAGAAAGAAAACAAGAAGGAAAGGAACAAGGAGAAGAAAAAGGAGAAGGAGAAGGAGAAAGAGAAAGAGAAAGAGAAAGAGAAAGAAAACAAGAAGGAAAGGAACAAGGAAAAAGAGAAAAAUAAAAAAAUUGAGAAGAAAAAUAGGAAGGAGGAAAACUAUACAGAAAAUAAAUAUGAAGAAGAAAAAGAUAAGAAAAAGAUGGAAAAGGAUAAUAUAAAAAAGGACAAGCAUAAAAAAAAUGAUAAUCAUAAAAAAAGUGACAAAGAUAUUGUAAAAGAAUAUAAAGAAAAGGAGCAAAAAGAGGAAAACAAUUAUAUGAACGAAAAUAUUGAUGAGAAAAAAAGAAAAAGAAAAAAAAAGGAUAAAAUGAAAUAUGAUAAAAGGGAAGAAACGGAAGAAAUAGACCUAGAAGGAACGAUAAAAACAUAUAAUGAAAAGGAAGGCAACACGAAUGACAAACUUAAUGAAAAAGGUAAUGAAAAAAGUAAUGAAAAAAGUAAUGAAAAAAGUAAUGAAAAAAUUAAUGACAAAAGUAAUGAAAAAAUUAAUGAAAAAAGUAAUGAAAAAAGUAAUGAAAAAAGUAAUGACAAAAGAGUUGAUAAAUAUCGAGGAGAUAAAGGAAAUGAAUAUAUUAAAAGUGAUCAACAAACAGAAAAUCAGAAAGAAAAAAUGAUUUUAAAAGAAGAAAAAAUAUCAGGUAAAUCAAAAGGGAAUUAUAAGAAAAAUUUAUAUAAUUCAUAUGAUAAAAAUACGAAUACUCAUAUAAACAAAUAUUCUACGGAAAACAUUAAAGAAUAUUCUAAUAUAGAUGAAAAAAAUAUAUGUAGAAAUGAAAAAGAACAUUUAGAUGAAUAUAAUCAUGAAUUUCUCGAAAAACGGAAAUAUGAUAUAAAAUGUGAGUAUGAUUAUAUGUUUUAUAAUAAUGCUAAUAUUAAUAACAAUAAUAAAAUGUAUGACCCCAAUAAUGAUAAUAAUAAUAAUAAUAAUAAUAAUAAUGAUAAUAAUAGCAAUAAUAAUGAUAAUGAUAAUAAUGAUAAUCAUAUUAAUAUUAAUAAAAAAUGUUAUAAUAGUCAGGAAAAUAUAAUUGAAUUUCAACAAAUUGAUACUUCUUAUGAUCUUAAGGAUAAUAUAAGAUAUAAAAAUAUUACACAUUUAAUGUUAGAAAAGAAUAGCAUUGAAGAAAUAUAUUUAAAAAUUAAUACAUGUAAAAUAAUAAAUAUAAAGAAAAAAAUAUGUUUAAUAGAUAUUUUAGGGAAUACAUUUUUUAUAAAUAUCCAUAUUAUUAUUGACAAACCUAGAAUAUAUACAAAUCCUUAUUUCUUAUUUAAUAAUAAUGUUUCUAUAUUUCCUAAAAAUAAUUCUUUCGUUUUAUCAAAUAAAUCAUAUCAUUUUGAUAGAGUUCUAAUUGGGAAAAACAUACACUUAUUUAAAGACAUAAUUCAAAUAGAAUUAAAAGAAGAAUUUGAAGAAAAUAUUAUAAAGUUCAUAAGACAUUUUGAAGGUAUAUAUACACCUAAACUAAAAAUAUUAUCCAAAUUAAAGACAAAAAAUGUUGUACCAAAUAUAGAUACUAUUGAAAAGGGUAAUAAAAAUCAAGUCAAUAAUAUUGAUAUCAUAAGAAAUAAGGAUAUCUUAAAAAAUUUAUAUAAACAUAUUCAAAUAAUAAAUUUCUUUAAUUAUUCUCAUUUUGAUUGUUUUGUUGAACUUUCAUUUGAAUCCAAAUUAAAUCAAGGUAAUAAAGAUAUCCUUUCAUUAAAUGAAAUGAAUGAAUCCGAACUUUUUCUAUCUUUUAAUGAUUUUUAUGUAUAUCCUAGUAAAUUCUUUCUGUUAUCUAAAAAAUGUAAAAAAAUAAUUCUUUUAUUUUUACCAAAAAAUGUCCAGUCAUACGAAGAAAGGCUAUUCUUAUAUAAUUAUUCUAUAAAAGAUGAACCAAAUGAAAGUAUGGAAUAUACAAAUAAUAAGCAAUUAUAUAUAAAAGGGAAAAAGGAAUUAAAUAAAAACAUUGAUAAAAGUCCUAAUAAUAAUGUACUUUCAAAUGAUAAUAUAUUUUGUAAUAAUAUUAAUAAUAUCUUGUCUAAUAAAAUAAUUAACUAUUAUAUAUAUGAUAUGUUUUCGUUUGUUAUAAAAGGAGAAGGUAUACAAUGUUAUUUAAAAAUAGAACCAGAAUAUAUAAAUUUUCAUAAAGUCUUAUUAAAUUCGGUUCAGAAAAAAAAUAUCGAAAUUAAGAAUAGAAGUUAUUGUGAUAUUAUAUGGUAUAUUGACUCUAAUAGUAUAAAAGAUAACUCCUUUUAUAUUAAUCCUACAAGGGGUACAUUAAAUAAAAAUGAAAGGAAAAAAAUAAUAACAAUUGGCUUAAAUACUAAUACUGUUAAAAUAAUAAAAAAGGAAAUUAAAAUAUAUUAUUCAGAAGCGAAAGUAAAUAAAAAUGAUAAAGUGAAUGUUAAUAAUUUAUGUACUGCUAUAUGUAAUAUAGAAGCAGACAUAUGUAUAUCUUUUAUACAAGUAAAUUUCGAAAUCAUAGAUGAGAAAAUAUUAUAUGAUCAUAAUCAUACACUUAUUGAGGAUGAUAUAAAAAUGAAAGAAAAUAAUUUUUUAAAAGAAUAUGUAACUAUAUUGAAAAAUAGAAAAAAAGAUAAAUGGUAUCCUUCAAAGGAAUUACUAUUAAAUAAUGUUAUUGAAAAUGUUAUACAAAUGAAAUAUGUACCGGUGAAUGAAGCUAAAAUUUGCUUAUUUAAAAUAAAAAAUACAGGAAAAGUGGGAAUACAUUAUUUUGUGGAAAUAAACGAUGAAACAUUCUUACAAUAUAUAACUAUAAACGAUAUAUAUAAUAUUAUAAAUAUGAAUGAAGAAAAAGAAAUCAAGUUAAAAAUUAAAUCAUAUAAAAAAAUAAAAUUUCAAAAUAUAGAUUUAUUUAUACAUAUUUGUGAUAGUAUAGAAAAUAAUUAUAUUCAAUCAUAUAAAUAUAUCCUAAGUGUCUCUUUUGAUUAUAAUUAUCUCAAGAUUGUUCCCCAUGUAAUUAACUAUGAUUCGGUUGAAAUAAAAAAGGAAGAAACGAAAAUUUUUAAAAUUAUUAAUGAUGGGUAUUUCGAUUUUAAAUAUGAUAUUAAAUUGUUAAAGGGUAAAAUAAAGAAUAACAAAUAUCAAAAUGAAAAUUUUGUAUAUCAUAAUAAAGAAAAUAAUAAAAAUUUCAAUAAAAUAAUAAAAAAUGAUAAUGAAGCAAAUAAAAAUCCUUUUAAAAUUAAUCCUAUGAGUGGAUUGAUAAAAUCAAAAGAAGAACAAGUUAUAACGGUCGUAUUUUAUUCAGAAGAAGAAAAUUAUUAUAAAUAUAUAUACAUAGUACAAGUUGAAAAUUUAAUAUCUAGUAUUGGACACAACAACAUAAACACUAAUAUAACAAAUAAUGCUACAUAUAAUAAAGAAUAUAAAAAACAUAUGAAAGAUACAAUUAAUGAUACAGAUAAAUACAAUGAAAUUAUUAAACUGUUUGCUUGUUCAGUUAGACCAAAAAUAUCAUGUGAUAUAAAAAAUUUAUUUGAAGAAAUGUUUAUACUAAAUAAUUUGAAUAAUUACAAUCAUUUUGUUCAUUAUUUUUUAACAAAGAAUAGCUAUUAUAAUGUGGAGGAAAAUACAUUAUAUUAUAAAUAUGGUUAUGUCAAUGAAUAUAUAAAUGAAAGAAUAAAAAUUUCUAACCUUACAGAUGUUAAUACUAAUAUAAAAAUCGAAAUGAAAGAAAUCGAUUUUUCUUCUUUAACUAAUAAGAGUAAGAAAAACAAAGAAGCAGAAAAAAAUAAAAAAAACGAAACGAAUAUUUCACCAAAUUCGGAUAUAAAAUAUAAUUUAAAAAUUCAAAAUUAUAAUGAAGAGAAAUACAAUUGGAACUGUAGUUAUAUAAAAAAUGAUAACCUUUCUAAUAAUAUAAAUGAACAAUUUAGUAAUAAAAAUAAUAUAAAAACCUGUGCGUCUGAUCAUAUUAUCAUAUAUCCAUAUCAACAUAAAUUUAUAGAUAUUUGUUUUCAUUCAACUCAAAUAGCUUGUAAAAAAUUUCUUUUCAAUAUUUAUAUGAUGAAACCAGAACAUAUAUUAUGCUAUUCAUUUUAUAUAAAUAUUGAAUUCUUUUUACCAUCUGCGCAAUUAAUUAUACCAUCGUACUUAUUAAAACUAACGAAUAAUGUACAUGACAAAGUUAUAGAUAUAGGAAAUAUACAUAUUAACAGUGUUCUAUCUUUUAAAAUACAAUUAAUGAAUUCGUUCAAAUAUCCUGUUAUGGUAAAAGUUAUUUUUCAUAGAAAUGAAAAUAAUCAUGAUAAUAUCAAAAAUGAGUUCAUUCGUAAUUUACCAUAUAUAAAUCAAAACGAAGAAAAUAAUAUUAUACUAGAUAAAAAAGAAAAUGUAUCAAUUCCACAUAACAAUUUAUAUAGACGUCAAAAAGAAGAUGAAAAUAUAUUUACACAACAAAAUAAAAAAUUAUUACAAUCAGAAAUUAAGAAAAAAAAUAUAUUAACAUCUGAUGUAUAUCAAAAUAUAUAUCCAAAUGAAAAAAAUAUAGCUAAUGAAUCUUUUAAUAAUAAUAUAGGCUAUCCAAGAGUAGAAGAAAAGAAAGAACUAUAUAAUAAUAUUACAAAUAAUGAUACUAUUUUAUUCAAUAUAUAUAAUAUGAAAAUAAAAAAAAAAAAUAACAUUACAUAUUUCAAUUAUGAAAAUGUUAAAGAUAUAAUAUAUAACCACAGAUGUUGGGACCGUACAAAUAAUAUGUAUUCUAUUGGUUAUUUAUGUUUCAUAGGUAAUAUAAAUAAUUUGUUAAGAGAAAAUGAAGUAGCAUAUUUUAAAAUUAAACUUAACAAGAAUAAAUUAAAAUAUAUAGAAUCUAAUGAAAGUCAAAAUGAAACAAAUCCAGAGCAAAUACAUGUCUCAGAGAAAAAUCCAGAUAUAAGUUAUUUGGAUAAUUUAAAUAAAAAGGAAAAUAAAUAUAAAAAUGAUAUAGACAUUACAAAUGUGAAUGGAAAAAAUAAAACCAAUAAUAUAAAUAAAAACAAAGAGGAUUAUAAAAAUAAUAAUGAUAAUGAAAAAAAAAAUUUGGAUGAUAAUUCUUCUAAUAAUUAUAUUAACCAAAUAGAAAAGACCAACGAUUUAUCAAAUGAUGAAAAAUAUAAGAAAAAAAAAAAGAAAGAUAAAAAUGUUCAAAAUAAUAAUAAUAUAUAUAAUAAAAAUGAGAAAAAAACUUUAGGUAAUAUACAAAUUAAAAUUUUAAAUAAUAAUUAUGAAUGUUAUAAUUUAAAAUUUAUAGGAAAUAUUAUUGAACGUAAAAACUAUUGGAAUUUAAAACAUUUAAAACAUCAUAUUAAAAAAAUAUAUAAUAAUAACUUUUAUAUAUUUAAAAAUCAUAUAAAUUUUGAUAUUGUCCCUUUAAACUUUAAACAUACUUAUAAAUUAUUAUAUAUAAAUGAAAAUAACCAUACCUUAUUUUUUCAUAUUGAAGUAGAUAAAAAAAUUAAAAAUAUUAUAGAUAUAAAACCUAUUAAUGGUUCUAUACCAUCAAGUAGCUCUUUAUACUUCUAUUUCACCAUCGAUGUAAAGGAGUUAGUUAAUUUUAUGGACCGUCCAAUUUUAUGUAAAUUUUCUCAACAUGAAAUAUCUAUAAAUAAAAAAAAUAUUAAACUAAAUAAUGAUAAUUUAAAAUAUGAUGAAGAUGAUUUAUAUAUAAGUUUAAGAUCUGAAGAAAUAAAAGUUUCAUAUAAACAAAAAAAAAUUCAUUUUAAAAAUAUACCAUUAUUUAAUUAUUCUAAAUAUAAGUUUACUUUGGAAAAUACAUCAAAUGUAAAAUUAUUUGCAGAAUUAUCUAUUACUCCUAAUAAUUACAUGGAUGAUAUAUUAUCUACUUAUUCAUUUGAACCAUUUAAAGAAAAACAUAUGCUUACAAUAAUAACAAAUAAAGUUACAAAUACAUUUACAUAUAAUACACAACAGGUAGACAAUAAAUCAUUUUCAUCUUCUUAUCGAAAUGAUCAUGAAAAAAAAAAUAGUUUAAUGGAUAAUUUAAUUAAAACUAAUAUAGUAGAAGAUAAUUGUGUUAAGGAAAAUAGAGAAUCCAUUGAUGAAUUUUAUUUAACCAAAUAUGAUUUGAACAUAUCUGAUUUAAAUAAUAUGAAUAAAAGUGAUAUAGGAAAUAUUUAUAAUGACACACUACAUAAGGAACAAUCAACAAAGAAAAAUACCGAAAUGGAUAAUAAUACAAUUACAAAAUAUAUAACAAUCAAUGCAAAAAGUAAUAAAUAUAUAUAUAUUUAUUGUUUUCAUAAUAUAUAUAAACAAAAAUUAGAAUCUAUCCUACAUAUAAAAAUUAAAUAUUAUGAAGAUAUUAAAAUACCCAUAAAAAUGACCUUUGAUAAUUAUGAUAAAGAAAAAAAAAAUAUAAAUGAUUUCUUCUUAUUGUCAAAAUUUAAAUAUUCAAAACAAGUGAUUGAUAAAAAGGAAAAUAAUAAAUUGGAUAAUUUAUAUAAAAACAAACACCAUAUUUUAGUAAUUAGUAGAGGUAUAUUAAGCAAAAAUUAUUAUAAAAUAUAUAUGAUAAAUAUGUCAAAUAAACAUAUAGAAUAUUGUUUUGAAAAAUACAAAGAAAAUGAGAAUUCAUCUAUGAUUAAAUACCCUAAUAUAACAAAUAAUGAUAAAAAUAAAUUUAUAAAAAAUAAUAGUACAAAUAAUUCUAUCGAAUGUGUAAAUAAUAAAGGUAAUAUUAGUGAAAAUAAUUUAUAUUUUGCUAAAUUUCUUUUUCAAACCUUUAAUUCAAUACCAUAUAGACAAAAUUACAAUUUAUUUAUAAACAAUGAAAAAGAAGAAAAUGUUACAUUGGAUUUAAGGGUAAUAGAACCAAUCAUAUUUUUUAAUACAUCGUUUAUACAUUCAAAUAAUUUAAUAGUUGGGAAAAGCUAUUGUUUUAUUUUUUAUUUAAUAAAUUUUGAUUUUAUCGACAUUCAUUUUGAAUUUGAUAAAAACUCAUAUAAUUCAUUUAAUAGCAAAAAGGAAACCAUCAAAAUUAUUCCAUCUGAAGGGCUUGUAAAAUCGUGUUAUAGAAAAAAUAAGUAUAUAAAUAAUUAUAUAAAUAAGUUAAAUAAACAUGAGGAAGCUGUCAACGAUUUUGAUAAUAAAAAUAGGAAGACAAAUAAUUUAAGAUCUCUUUUAUGGUUAUCUUCACAGGAUGAAGGAGAUUCUAUAUCUCAUAAUUCAUAUAAUGAUAAUAUGACAUUCGAUGAUAAUAAUAAAAUGAAACUUCUUGAAAAAAUGAAGGGAAAUAAGGUUAACGUAAAACAGAAGGGGGCAGAAAAAUAUUCAUUUGCUCAUAUACAUGAUAAAAGUAAUUCCAGAAACAAUAGUUCAAAUUCAUCAUUUUGUACUUUGUCAAAUAUGUCUUAUAGUGAGUCGUCACAUUGUAAUAAAAUUAGAAAUAAUAAAAAUAAUGUAUCAAGACAAGGAUAUGAUGAUAAUACAGAUAUAUAUUUUCCUACGAAUCAUAUGUUAAAUUAUAGAAACGAUAAUACAAGAAAAGAGAAUAAUUAUUAUUAUGACGAUGAUAAUAAUUCUUAUUCAUCUGAAACGAAUGAAUCAUAUAUAGAUAAUAUAUCAUCUGAUGAAUAUGAAUAUGAAUAUGAAUAUGAAUAUGAAUAUGAAUAUGAAUAUGAUAACAACAUUAUGAAUAAAUUCUUUCUUUUAAAUUAUUAUUUAAAAAAUAUAUGGAAGACAAAUAAUACCAUGCUUAAAAAAGAAAUUCAACAUAUUAUAGGAAAAGGUGGAAUUAAAAAAAUAAAAUUAUUUUUCAAACCUCAUAUGGAACAAUUUUAUAAUUUUAGUCUUUUGUGUAAAAUAGAUUCAAAGGAAGAACCAUUAAAAAUAAAUUUUAAAAUGCAGGUUAAUAAACUUAAUAUAAAAUGUUACAUAGAAAAUUAUGAUAAAGAGCACAUCACACUCAAUUUAGAUAAUUCAUUAUCUAUUAAAAAGAAAAAAAAUAAAUAUGAUAUGAUACAUAUAUAUGAAGUGAUAAAUUUUAAAGAAACUAUUAUAGGUAAAAAAAAAAUGGCUAAAUUUGUAUUAGAAAAUCUAUGUUACUUUGAUUUAUCUUAUAAAUAUUAUUUACAAAAAAAGGAUGAUGAAAUUUCUAUAACAUGUAGUAAUAAUAUUAUAAAGAAAAAUUCAUUUUUCUAUAUUAAUAUAGAAUAUACCUCUUUAAUACACCAUAUAUAUGAAAAUCAUCUAACUAUUAAUAUAAAUGAUUAUUAUUUAAUAAACCUAAAAAUUACAGCUAUGUCAACAAAUGUAUUAAUACAUUUCUCUUUUUAUAAUUAUGAUUUUGGUAAUCUUAUCUUAUUUCCAAAUGUAGAUAAAAAUGAAAAUACAAAAGUCAUAUGUAUGGAGGAAAAUUAUCGGGACAGUUUUUCGUCAUCUGAUACAUCUCUCUCUUCAUUAAUAUCUACAUAUAAAAUAAAUGAGCUCAACGAGAAAAAAAUGAAAAAGAAAAAAGAAAUGGACUUGAAAAUAGAAGAAAAGCGUGUUCAAAAGGGUAGAGAAAAAGAAAGUGAACAGAAAUGUGAUAAAGAAGAAAAGAAAAAGAAAAGGCAAAAAAAGGAAAAGAAACAUAAAGUCAAGAAAAAAAAUGAAAAAAAUGAAAAAAAUGAAAAAAAUGAAAAAAAUGAAAAAAAUGAAAAAUAUAAAAGUGAAAACAUUUGUGGUGAACAGGAAAAUAUAAAUAAGGAUAAUUUAGAUGUUAAGAAUAUUAACAAGGAUAACUAUGAUAAUAAUAAUAAUAAUAAUAACAAUAAUAAUCAUAAUAAGAAAAAUAAUAUAGAUAAUAAAGUCCUGGAAAAAAACAAGCAAUGUAACAAAAAACAAAAUAAAGAAAGAAAUGACAAGGAUGGUAAUAUAAAUAAUUUACUAAAUAUUCAACAUGACGAAAAAAAAAAAAAUAAUAUUAAAACAUAUGUAAACAAAGAUGAAAAUGUUGCCACAAAACAAAUUAAUAGAACAAAUUAUAAUGAUACCAAUAAUAAACAUACGAACAGUUUUGAUAUAAACAAUAUAAAUUAUAAUAUUAACACAGUAGAAACAAAACUAUUCAUACAUAAUAAUAAUGACGAAGAUUGUGAUAUAGAAUAUGAAAUAAAUGAAUCCUGUUUAAAAAUUAACAACGAUGGUAAAAAAUUACAUAUAAAAGGAAAAAGUAAAACAUUUCUUCUUAUUUCAUUUACUCCCAAUGAAGAAAAAGAAUAUAAUUUUAAAAUUCCAUUUAAAAUAAAUAAUGAUUCACAAAAAAUUGUUUAUAUUUAUUUGAAAGGUUCAGCUAGCCAUUUUAAGUUACCAUUUUCAUGUAAUAAUUUGAACGAAAUAAAUUUUAAAGACAUCCAUGUAGAUAAAGAAGUAAUAAAUAAAUUAGUUCUUCAUAAUAAAAAUAUGGAAGAUAUUUCUUUCAAUAUAUUAAAUUAUAAAAAUUUAUGUAAAUACUAUCUAUCAUUUAUCAAUUUUGAUAAUAAUACAAGUCACAUUUUAAAAAAGAAAGAAAAAAAAACAUAUGAAAUAAAAUUUGCUCCAAAAAAAUAUAUAAAAUUACAAAUCCCUUUAUAUUUAAAUAUUUAUUAUAAGGGUAAAUGUAUCGCUUAUUAUUUAACACAUAUUAACAUAAAUAGUAUAUCUUAUAAAGUUAUAAUAAAGGAUAAUUUAUUAACAUUCAAUAAAAUAGACAAAUUACAUGAAGAACAUAUUAUUAAUGAUAAUAAUAGUAUUUCUGAAAUUAAUCAUAUAAGAGAACAAUAUUUCAAACAUUUAAGUAAUAAGAAUGGUGUGAGGGGAAAAAAAAUACAAUUACAUAAUACAGGAGACAUGAAUGCUCAAUUUCAAAUAAUUUAUCCUCAAAAAUAUGAAAAAUAUUUAUUUUUAUAUCCAAAAAAAGGAAUUAUAUUCUCAUUUAAUUUAGUAAAUAUAUAUAUUUAUAUAGAUACCGAUUAUAUUAAUAAAGAUAUAUAUAUAAAUGAUGUUUAUAUACAAUUGUAUCCUAAAUUUAAUAAAAUAAAUAGUAAAUUAGCACUUAAAUUAUUUGUUGCUGUUCCCAGUAAUUCAAUCAAAUAUACUAAAAGUAGUUAUAAAAAUUUUGCAAAAUUAAAUAGCGAAAAUAAUGAUCAUGGAAAAUAUAAUAAUUAUGAUGAUGGUGAAGAUAAUAAUAAUAAUAAUAAAAAAGAACAAAUUGUAAAAGGAGAACAACAAUUGACUAAAAAAAAUAAAAAUAUCGAACAAAAAGAUAAUGUUUCGAAUGAAGAAAAAAAUAUCAAAUUAUUUGUCUUAAAAAAUGAAACUAUAAUUACAUUUAUUACAGAUAUCAGAAAAGAAAUAUGUAAAAUUAUUGAAAUAUAUAAUGAAACAUCAUCAAAUUUUAAAAUAAAAUACAAAUUUUUAUAUAAUGAACAAAACUUUUUCUCUAUAGAAAAAUGUGAAGAGAUAAUAAAACCAAAUGAUUAUGGAUCUUUUCAGAUUGUUUAUAAUCCACUUUUUAUUGAAAAAAAUAAAAAAAAUAGUAAAAAUUAUCAUAACAAUUUAUGUGAAAAAUAUGUUAAAUAUUGUUCUAAUAUUCAUCAUAUAUCUAAAUUGAUAAUAUACUAUCCAAAUGAAACAGCUAAAAAUUAUACAUUAUUAGGUUAUUCCAAUAAUGUAGUAUAUGAAAAAAAUGUUAUUUAUAAUUUUAAUUCAAAGCAUUUGAAUAAUACGUCUAUAAGAAUAAAAAAUUGGUUAAAUGAAAAUCAAAAUUUGACUAUCUCCUACCAAACUUGUGAUAAGGAGGGCAAUCCUUCGAAUAUCAAUUAUUUUUAUUUUUACAUUCUCAAUCAAAUCGAUUUGUGUAAUAAAGAAGAAAAAAAUAUUGCAUUUAAAGUUUUAUCCUUAAAAGAUGGAGUGUUUUAUGUCAUGCUAAUACUUUCCAAUAAAAAAUACGAAGAUGUAUAUAAAAUAUUACUACAGUUUGAAAUUUCCAGAAGUGAAAUUUUAUCAAUAAAAAAUAUACACAGAUCAAAGAAAGACAUAAUUAAUGAACAUAUAGUUAUUUAUAAUCCUCUUGAUGAAAAUGUAGAAAUGGAACCUUUGUUUGAUUAUAAUUAUAUAUUUGUUCAAAAGCCAAUAAUAUUGGAGAAAAGAAAAAAUAAUAUUAUAAAUAUAUAUUUUUGUAUAGUCAAGGAAGAAGAAGAGAAACAUGUUAUAAUUUCCUUUACCAACAAAAUUUUAGGAUCUUAUAGUUUUAAAUUUAUUUUAAAUAUUAAUAUGUAUGAUUUUGAAGAAAACUUUUAUUUUAAUACAGAUUUAGGAUCAAUACAAAUGAAUGAAGUUUCUUUUACGAAUGUCUGUAACGAAAAAAUAAAUUAUGAUGUUAUGAUAGAAGAUUUUGAUGAAAACAAUAAAAAUGCUAAGCAAAUAUUUCAAUGUAUUGACAAAAUAAGUGUUAAACCUAUAGACACGAGUUAUUUUUUAAAAAACGGAAUGUUAAAUAAUGUAACUGACAAAAUUAAUCUAACUAUUAAAUAUAAUCCUUCAGAUAUUAAAAUAAAUAAGGCUAUCAUAAAAUUGAUAUCUAAAGAGGGAAUCGUGUAUAAGGGGUUAAUAAUGGGAAAAAGUGUAUCACCGAAACCGAAAGGACCCAUAUUUUGUUCAUCACAAAAAACGACAUUUUUAACAUUUACAAAUCCAUUUCUUCAUAUAAAAGAAUUUUUUAUUAAGACGGAUGACUAUUUCUCUGUUUCAAUUGAAAAUAUAAAAAUUGAAGGACGAGAAACUGUUCAAAUACCUAUAAAAUGCCAAACAACCAAUGCAACAUCAGGAAAACUUUUUAUUAAAUCCGAAGAUGAUAUUGUAUGGAUGUAUUAUUUGACAGGACAAUAA